CGAUCGCCCGCGAGAUAAACACCGGUCCAACGUUAGUGUAAUGCAUUAUGUCGUUUGCCGGUUCCUCACCACACCUGACAGAGAGAUACCUUUCUAGAUGUCUGGAUAACACUUCUAGGGAGGACACCAUGGUGCUGAGCUACUCCUAACCAUCAUUUUGGCUAUACAUAUAGCCAUCACAGGGGGCGAGGUUGAUGGUCAAGGUCAGAAACGGAUGACCAGUUCUGUCUGUCAAGCUGUCCAAUAGGAGGAGGUAAUCUGGGAAUCUGAAGUCCAUUCUGACCCUUGAACAUCCAAGUGCCUUACUAUGAUGUCAUCUCCAUCAUGUCAUACCUGCUGCAGUACAGAAUACACUGACGUUAUUAUCAUAGGAAAUGGUCCAUCUGCAAUCAGUCUGUCCUACUUCCUGUCGGGACAUAGGCCAUACUACAAUGGGAACCCCCACUCCAACACAUACCUUCACACCAAGUUACAGGAGAUUGGCCCAACACAGUCAAUAGUUGACCAGGACAUUGACUUCCUGUCAGAAGGUCUAGAGGGGAGGACUUCUAACCCUGUGGCUCUGUUGUUUGAUGCCCUCGUCCACCCUGAUGCUGACAUGGGGGCAGAGCUACCCUCCCUACUGGACUGGAAGAAGGAGGAGGAACAUGCCUUCAGACACAUCGUCCUGGGGCGUGGCAAAGUGGGCGGGGCUUGGCAGAAAAUGGACGGAAGUAUGCAGACAUUAAGUCUAGGAAACUGGAUGGAGUUGCCAUCUGUUCCACUGAAGGACUGGCGCGAUCGCAAAUUCAGGGAGGGGGAGUCUCUUGACCCAUGCAGUAACAGAGCCACCAUGUCUGACGUCAGAAAUUACUACAUGGACUAUGUGGCCAGCCUUGACCUUCAAAAUCACUUUUACGACAAUCACACUGUCACAUCGAUCCAGAAAGUAUACCACUUACGCAAUGACAUGGACCUGGAGAGCGGUGAGGUAGAACCGUGCUGUAAGAAUAUUGCCAAAAAUCACUCCUUCCUAUGGGAGGUCAGAGGUUAUGUUAGUGUGGUCGAUCAAUCAGCUGAGGACGAGGACGAUGUGCACCGCAAGGAGUUUUGCAUCCAAGCACCACAUGUAGUGGUAGCCACCGGGACAUUCGACAUUCCAAACAGACUUAAUAUAACAGGGGAACUCCUACCACAUGUUAUCCAUUCACUGCAUGACUUUGAAUCUGCACUGAAAUGUUGGCAGGAGAUUCCUUCAUCAUCUGACGACCCUGUGUUAAUUGUUGGAGCUGGACUAAGUGCUGCCGAUGCCAUUCUCAUGGCUCUAGGUGCAAACCUGCCUGUGAUUCAUGUUUUCAGAAGAGGAGCAAAUGACUCAAACUUGAUUUUUAAGAAACUGCCUCAGGGUCUGUAUCCCGAGUACCACAGAAUUCACUCACUGAUGAAGGGAAAAGUUGUUGACCCUUUAUAUCGUCCAUAUGAAAAGCAUCGCUUGGUGCAGAUCAGUGAAGACAAACGAGUUUUGUUGGAAAAUACGAAAGGAAAUGACAUUACUACUGUUGAUGUUACAUUUGCUGUUAUUCUGAUUGGCUCAUGCCCAAAUUUAUCCUUCCUCCCUGAGGAAGGAAGAAGCUUGGGGAUAGAUCCUCAACACCCAAUAAACAGCAAAAAUAAUACCUUAGAUGUUGACAUGUUCUCCUAUGAGUCAAUCAAGCAUAAAGGCCUGUUCUCUAUGGGACCAUUGGUAGGGGAUAACUUUGUUAGGUUUGGUAUUGGGGGUGCCCUGGGAAUCACCAAUUACCUCAUGAAAAACAGAAAGAAGGGUAAUCCCUGCUGUUGAAUUUGUGAUACAAUUAUAUAUGUUAGAAAAAAAGGAAUAUUGAGUGAAUGAAAGCUAAGAAGUUUCUUAAUAGAGAGAGAGAUGUGACAGAUAAUUUAUGCAAUAAUGUUUCCUUGGUGUGUGUAGAGAGAUGACAAAUUGUGAUACCACUAUUUAUAGUACACAUUAAGUGAAAGAAAUUGUGCCUGUUGCUACACAUGUUAAUAGUUUUAUAACUGCAUGUAUGGUGGUUAAUUGAAGAUAGACAAAUAACACCGCAUAAUAUUGAUUUUUAAUUCCUUAUCAAAUUGGACAUUUCAUUUUAUUAUAUUUUACAUUAUCUUAUUUUCUAAUGAGGUAAAUUUGGUUGCAGUUACCUAUUUUCUCACUGCAGUUUUAACUUCUUAGAUUCAAGUCACAUACAUUUUUCCCACUGCGGUUGUCACUAUUUGUUUCCUGUCGUGUGCCUUUUUCGCACCGUUUCACUAUUAUUUUCAUGUGACGUACCUUUUUUUCCAAAAAUUUAACGCCAUGUUCAGUUGAGGAUUUUUUUAGUAAUGUGUGCGAGGUAUAAUUACAGAGAAUGAUGUGUGGAGGUUGUGAUAGGUUGUGAACUGAGUGUAUAUUUAUAAUAGAACCAAUCAAUGUAUGUUGACGUUUACACCUUUAUAACUGUACCGAUGUGUGUACUGGUAUGGCAGUGAGCAUUUAUCUGCUGUUUUAAUUUGUUAUACAAAGGCAUUGGAGCUGUACAACUUUGCUAUCCUGUAUGGGAACUCUUCACUAUAACCUUACUUCAUAUACUAUCUCACCAGGGUAGGACAUUUUUAUGGCUGUUAUAAGCCAUUUCAUAGCCAUAGGGUACAUGUAGUACUGUAGUACACCAAGAAAUGUUGCACGCUACUUUUGAGCUAAAAUGCAUUUCAGUUUCCCUUAUUUGAAAAAUGAAUUAGUUGUAUUUCUGUUUAUUUGACUUGAAACACAACUUUGUUUAUGUUUGUUGUAAUGGGAAUUUUAUAAUAAAUAAAAAUGUGGGUGGCAUACAUAUUUAUCUUAACUCUAUGUAAUAGACGUUAUCAUUCUCCUUUCAAAUUAAGUCUAACACAUCACUUCCCUUAACCAAUGUGUUGCCAGAUGGCUUACGUUAUGUAGUGUUAUACAUAUAACAGAUAUAACAUCAGAGAUGUCAUGAAGUUUAGAAUAUGUUACUAAGGAUAAUUGUUAACAGUUUAAGGUUGAAAUGGACUUAACAACUUGCUUCUGAUGAUGAUGUAGUAAAUUGAAUUUGGAUCAAAUCAUUUGGAUUUUAACAUUCUUUGUUUUUUCUGGGGUUUUUUUUUCAUUUAGUGCCCCAACAUAUAAUGGCUAGUUUAUGUCACUUCUGUGUACUCUCAAAACCCAAGUGUUUUGUUCCUGAUGCACAUAGCUUUCCUGCACCCUAGGUUUAUGUCAUGACAACAUCAAAGGCUUGUGAUAAGCUUUUUGAUCAGUUUCGAGUAUAAAAAUUUGACCAAUCGGUAGACUGAAACAAUUCUUUGAAGAUUAUGUAGCAUCUACACAAAGCCUGUCCAUCUACACAAAGCCUGUCCAUCCCUUUGUUUUUCUUAAAAAAAGACACCAUGUUAGUCUAUUUGUAUCAUCUGCAAGAUGUUGUUUAAAAAGAGCCUUUGAUUUUAUCGUGACAUGUUCUAGGGGUCGAGAGAGGUUAUGUGUAUUGGAAGCGGAGCAUUUGGAUUUUGAUGAUGAGCUAACGACUAAGUGAUGUAAAACUCCCCUAAACCAUCUUACUGUUGAAUAUCCAGCAAAGUGGUGUACAAUUAAUACUGAAUAGAAUUCUCAGUUCUCUGUAAGCAUGUUUAUAUAAAUUGAUAAAUAAUCUAAGAAAUAACAGAAAUAUUGUAGGACAAUAAAUGGAUUUUAAACCUAUUUAAUCACAGACUCAUCUACACAUUAACUUAACCGUUCACUUAAUCUAUUAAUCAAGUCUCUGGAUAUUUUUUGGUAAACGGGAAAAUAAAUAUGUUUAGGAAUAAUCUGUGUUUAGAGGAUUCAUGACAAAUCAGUUGCCUUGGAAUUGUAUAGAAAUCGACACAAGUCUUCAGUUUUAUUACAUGUUUAGAUGUAGACGUUUUGUUGUUAGCAUAAGAUGAAGUGCAAUCACUAUCAUUUUAAUUGAUAAUUUGAGUUAUGUUUUUAUAACUUAAAAUUAUUUUGUACAUGCUACAUAAUCAAAGUUGGUAAAUUAUAAAUAUUUAGCUUUGUGACAAAAUAUGAUUAUUGAAAUGAAAUCCCCAUGCUUUCAAGGCAUUUAUUGUAUGUCAGUCUGUUACUGAAUUGUGAUAUGUCUAUAUAUACAAUGGUAAUAUUUUAGUCACAUUGUUCAAAUCUUGGUACAUAUUUUAUAAUGUUUUUGAAGCAAGAUUUGAUCUCCUGACACAGGUUUAACCUUGUGACCCAGGUUUGACCGGUCAUGUGUUUGACCUUAUGACAUAGCUUUUACUGUGACCUUGUAUUCAUGUUUGGACUUAAUGACACAUGUUUGACCUUGUUAUGUAGGUUUGACCUAAUGACCUUAGUUUGACCUAUUGACACGUGCACAUGCUUGACCUUUUGAUCCCGGUAGUUACAGUACCUUCUAGUAAAGGUUUGACCUUGCGAUGCAGGUUUAACUCUGUGGAAAAAUUGGCACUAGUAAAAGUUUCAACCUAAAAUCAUGAUGCAAGUUACAAAGAUAUGGUUUAGAAGUACAUGUAUGUGAUCAUAUCCAACUUAACCUUACAUGUGUGUGGCAGAGUCAGACCUGUGUAUAGUUAUCUCUAACCUUGGGAUAAGGAGUUAACAUUGUGAUCACUUUUCCACUUUGUGUUGUUUAUCUUGUCUACUGAAUUGAACUUGUUCAGUAGAUUUGUUAUUAAAAAGACAACCUUUUACCAUUGAGUGAUAAGAACUUAGAAAACAAGUUGACUAAAAAAGAUAGGAAACAGAAAUGUGACUAUUUAAGCAUUAUGAUUCUGACUAUUCGUGUUAGGUUUUUGAAGUCAUUAUAUUUUUAAUUGUUAUACUCAUGGCCAUUAGUUUAGAGGAAACACAAGGACCAUUACAGAAACAAUUUGUGUAUCGUACACGUAAUAUCAGACUCAGUCUAUUUUCAUUUAAAAUAAAACCAGUUUAACAGAAAAAAUUUGGGACCAAGAAAGUUAUGUUUUUUUGAAAAUAACGAGGAUUAUGAACAACACAGAAUAAUCAGUGACAUUAAAGGGACAAUUUAGUGAAGUAGUUUUUUUUUAUAUCCUUAACACAAAAUUCUUCAUGAUUAUAUAGUUUGAUACUCCUUAUGAACAAUUCAUGUCAAGAAAUUUACAAGAGAAAAUGUUUUCUUGGCAUUUUUAAUCAGUAAUUGAGAAAUCCUUGACUGUACAGCUGUACGUUUUAGCAGCAGUUGUCGGUAAAUUUCUAGCUAACAAAAAUGUCUUUCCAGCCGAGGAGAGAAGGUAACUUCUCGCUUUUUUCGCCUAGCCUCUUUGGAAUACAAGUACAUACAUUUAUUCUGAAGCAAAAUCAUCUUCCAACAUCAUCUCAAACAUCGUUAUAAAUGAGUUUGACAUUUUCCCUGCUACACCCUCUCAGUGCGUCUAAUUGAACCUGUUAGCUUUUAUUUAAAUCCAAAUGUGAACAGAAAUAUCUGAUAAAAGGUAUAUAUUAUGAUACUUAUAAUUCUUACUUGCGAUGUAUUGUGU